AUGUGUCAUUACGGAUUUCUGGCCAAUGGAAAAUCGAAGGGCUUCGGAGUGAAGAGCGCAAGAUCUUCGGUAUUCUUGUGCUUCGCUCGUGUUUCUAUCCAUUCUGUGAUCAUCCGCGCCAUGGUUCAUGACAGCAGGGCGCAAUGUAACGGAAUACAAAAAUGGAGCACGGGGAAGCUAAAGCAAGCUCGCAAGCUUGUCUGCCUCCAGCCGGCGACGGCGAUCCUAAAGAUCGAAGCUAAAUAA